AUGUCUUUCACUGUUAAACACAAACAAAGUAUAUUUCCGAGUAGUAUGAUUUUGAUGUUUUUUACCUUUUUCUUGCUCAUCUUCACUAUUAUUAUCAGUCGACAAUCAAGAACUAACAAUGAGUUUGAUAAAGAAGGCGGAUUGAAUUUGAAACCUGACUUUGUGUAUUCUUUGAUUGAGAUAAGAGAGUUGCUUACAAACGCCUGUAAGAUUCCUUACAUAUUCUUUCCAAACGAAGACGAUAAAGUCUAUGAAUUGCUUGAUGAGAAUAGAAAACCUGUUACAAAAGACGUGCCUGUGAAAGUUCCGUUUUACAAUUUCGCAUUUUCCUGUGUUCAAAACGAAAUUGUAAAGUUUUUGAAGCCAUUUGUGAAUUUCGCUCUGAUUCCAAAGAAAGAACCAAAGCCACUGAAUGAUCUUCUUCUACAACUGGGACUCAAUUCUGAGACUCAAAAUGUGUUCGACAAAGCAAAGGAACACAAAUUCACAACAUUUUUCUCUGGGCCAAAACUGAUUCGAGAUUUAAUUGAUCCAGAUUUCGAUACAACGGAUCAUCAAAACUUCAUACAACAAUUUUUGGUAGACGAGCGUUCGUGCCUUAAAGAUGGCAGAAACCUUCUUAGCGAUCAACUAGAGAAAAUGAACGCGUUCCUAACAUCAACGAGUGAUUCAAAAACAUUUUCCACUUUGUUUUUGGAUGAUUAUGGACCACACAAAAGUUCAAUCGAUCAUGAGUUGAAUGAAAUGUUGAAUUCUCUAAACGAUUCGAAGAUUUUUGAAAAUACUACUCUUAUUGUGACGUCUUAUGGCUUAUCAGAAAAGGAUGUCGAAACUGAGAAUGAGAAAAAUCCACUAUUCGCAGUCAGAUUAUCAGAUAAAUUUAUGAAGAACUACCAAGAAAAACAUUAUUUCAUGAAAAUGAACUUCAACAGGCUACUAUCAUCCUUAAAUUUCAAUAGCAUGUUGAUUGAGCUAAUGGAUCCUUAUGCCGUUAUCAGCACUACUCCGUUCAAAGUUCAACCAACGUGGCGAAACUGUGCAUCUGAAGGGAUUUCAGCGAUUUCGUGCGUUUGUAUGAAUAUGAAUCUAAAAUCAGAAUAUCCAGAGGAAUCUGAGAAGAAUUUUUUGAAUCAAUUGAGAUCAAAGUUUGGAAAGGAAGUGAAUAGUAAAAAAUGUGUUCGAUCAUUCGAAACUGAGGACUAUUCUUUUUUCUAUGAUUAUGCACUGAAUACGAAGAAAGAACUUCGAGGAGUCGAGCUCACUGGCUUUGCUAAUAUCACUGGCUUCAGUGGAGAGAAAACAUUAAUGCUGAAAAAGAUGUUCACUUUUAAGAAAGACUUUGAAUCAUUCCAAAGUUUUGACACGGCACGAGUGAUAGUAGCUUAUGAAGUUAAUAUUGGAAUUGCAAGCAUGUGUGAUCUUUGA